GUUCUCAGUCUCCCCCGCGCGCGCUUCAUUCUUAAAUUAUUUUUAAUUAUUUAACACUAUACUUCCUCCAGCGGAAGGUGCAAUAUAAUUGAAUUGUGAUAUUAGAUUUAGUGCAAAGUGUAGAGCAAUGCAGCGGCACAGAUGAAAGUUGACCCUCGCCAUCAAUAUUUUUUGGCAACACACACAUUCGCAUGCCGCGCGCGCACAUGAACUCACACACAGAUGCCUUGUGAAAGUAGGGAAGAAGUGGUGGGGGGAAGCAGCAAGACUCCGCCGAUUGGCCAAAUUUAAAAGUUGCCACUAAGCAAAAUGCUAAAUUUAGACGGCGCCGAAGAAGCGUCUCCCCCUCCACCAGAGAGCUCGCAGCUUCUGCUGGACGAGGAAAAGGGGACUCCAGCGCCGCCUGCUAGCCAUCUGGAACCGCCAUUCACCACCCCGCUGGCCCCCUUCGACAUGGAACUGAUGCAGCGCAUCGGCCUCAGCGAUAAGCUGAAGGGCAGCGGAAGCCUUUGGGAGGGCAGGAACAGGGGCCGGGGAGCAGCAGAUCCAACGACGGAUUUUAUGGACCAAGAGCGAGAUGCGGCCGGCGGAGAGAACCGAAAAUCAUCAAGUGAAUCACUCUCUGAUAAGAGAGCCAGGUUCGCUGCAAGCAACGCCUCCACGCUUCAACUGCCAGACGCUGCUGCCGGGCCCCUGGCCAAUGGCAAAAAGAAGUCCUCCGAGCCAAGGAACCAAAAUCAUCUCUCAAGCCCCUUGCUGCCAAUGACUGAACCCACUUUGGGAAAUAAUGGCUACGAUGAACGCGAAUGCAGUUGCCCCAGGGAGUUCUACCAGCGGGAGGAGAUCAACACAUCGCUGUUCUUCGAAGACUGCACGCGCUCUAUUGACUUCGUGCUGGCCUACAGGAUCAAUGCCCAUGAGCCCACGGAGGCGGAGAAUACCGAGAAGCGACGGGUGUUCGAGGCGAAUCUCGUGAGCCAGGGCCUCGAGGUGGAAACAAGCCAAAAGGAUCAGAUAUGUUUCGUGAAGAUCCAUGCCCCUUUGGAGGUGCUGCGUCGGUAUGCGGAGAUACUUAAGCUACGGAUGCCCAUGAAGGAGUCCUUGUGUAAUUUGCGUAUAUAUGAAAGAACCAACCGUCUACAGAAUGCGGCUCAAUACUUGUCCAAGAAGAUCCCUGGAAUGUCUGUGGUCAAUCGUUCGACAAAAAGCAUCUUUUCUAGUCUGAAAACCGUUUGCCAAUUCUUCCUACGGAAUAUCCAUGUGGAUGAGCAUAUAUUCCCCAAGAGAGCGCAUCGUUUUACUGCCAUUUACAGUCGCGACAAGGAGUAUCUCUUUGAUAUACGACAGGAUUGCUUCUUUACCACCGCCGUGAGGUCGCGCAUUGUGGAGUUUAUAUUGGAUCGUCAGCGUUUUCCUACCAAAAAUCAACAUGACAUGGCUUUUGGCAUUGAGCGAUUGAUUGCAGAGGGCGGCUACUGUGCGGCAUAUCCAUUGCAUGAUGGCGAAAUAACCGAAUCGGGCACCAUGAGAGCUCUUCUCUACAAACAUUGGGCUUCUGUGAAGAAAUGGUACCGCUAUCAGCCUCUAGAUGACAUCAAGGAGUACUUUGGCGUCAAAAUUGGUCUGUAUUUUGCCUGGUUGGGCUAUUACACCUAUAUGUUGCUGCUGGCCUCCAUUGUGGGUGUGAUAUGUUUUCUAUACUCCUGGUUCUCCCUCAAGAACUAUGUGCCCGUCAAAGAUAUCUGCCUGCGUGCAAAUACAAAUAUAACCAUGUGUCCCCUCUGUGAUUGGUGUAACUUUUGGGACCUCAAGGAGACCUGCAAUUAUGCCAAGGUCACGUAUCUCAUCGACAAUCCCAGCACAGUUUUCUUUGCCGUCUUUAUGUCCUUUUGGGCCACCCUCUUCCUGGAGCUGUGGAAGCGCUACUCCGCGGAGAUAACCCAUCGCUGGGAUCUGACGGGCUUUGAUGUCCACGAGGAGCACCCUAGGCCGCAGUAUUUGGCCAAGUUGGAGCACAUACCACCCACCAGAGUGGACUAUGUGACGAACGUCAAGGAGCCGACGGUUCCCUUUUGGCGGAUGAAGCUGCCAGCGACUGUUUUUAGCUUUUCGGUGGUGCUGCUGCUCAUUGCCUUGGCUUUUGUGGCCCUUUUGGCGGUGGUGGUGUACCGCAUGUCCAUGCUGGCGGCUCUAAAAGUGGGCGCCAGUCCCCUGACCACCUCGAGUGCCAUUGUUUUGGCCACAGCCUCGGCGGCCUUUGUGAAUCUGUGUUUGCUCUAUAUCCUGAAUUAUAUGUACAGCCACUUGGCGGAGUACCUCACAGAGCUGGAAAUGUGGCGCACUCAAACGCAGUUCGAUGACUCGCUGACUCUCAAGAUCUAUCUGCUUCAGUUUGUUAACUAUUAUGCCUCUAUAUUUUAUAUAGCCUUCUUUAAGGGCAAAUUUGUGGGACAUCCAGGGGAGUAUAACAAACUGUUUGACUAUCGACAGGAGGAGUGUUCUUCUGGUGGAUGCCUCACGGAGCUCUGCAUCCAGCUGGCCAUCAUCAUGGUGGGCAAGCAGGCCUUCAACACGAUACUCGAGGUAUAUCUGCCCAUGUUCUGGCGCAAAGUGCUGGCCAUUCAGGUGGGCCUCUCCCGUUUGUUCAACAACACCCCGAAUCCCGACAAAACCAAAGACGAGCGUUGGAUGCGCGACUUUAAGCUGCUAGAUUGGGGGGCACGCGGUCUGUUUCCCGAAUAUUUGGAGAUGGUUUUGCAAUACGGAUUUGUGACCAUCUUUGUGGCCGCCUUUCCGCUGGCCCCGUUUUUUGCCUUGCUCAAUAAUAUACUGGAAAUGCGUUUGGAUGCCAAGAAACUGCUGACACACCACAAGCGGCCUGUGUCGCAGCGUGUGAGGGAUAUUGGCGUGUGGUACAGGAUACUGGAUUGCAUAGGAAAGCUAAGUGUGAUCACAAAUGGGUUCAUCAUUGCCUUUACAUCGGAUAUGAUUCCUCGACUGGUCUACCGCAACUAUGUCUCCAAAGAUGGCACCCUGAAUGGAUACCUGGACUUUACUCUCUCCGAAUUCAAAGUCUCCGAUUCACCCACUUUGUACAGCCUCGCAGGCGAUCUCUCCAAUAUCACAUCGUGCAAAUACACAGACUUUCGGUUGCCGCCCUCAUCGCCGGAUAAAUACAAUUUAAGCAGCAUGUUUUACAUCAUUUUGGCCUGUCGUUUGGGCUUUGUGGUGGUCUUUGAAAACUUUGUGGCUCUUGUGAUGAUUCUGGUGCGCUGGUGCAUACCCGACAUGAGCGUGGAGCUAAGGGAUCAAAUCCGUCGCGAGGUCUAUGUCACCAAUGAGAUUAUCAUCGAGCAGGAGGCACAUCGUGCGCGGUUCGAGCGCGCCAAACGCAGCAGUUCGGUUCUACAGACCUCCCCCGAACAGGAAGUGGACGUCUCUUCGAUCCAAGAGCCCAAUGCCAAGUUCAUAAGCAUUGAGAAGCUGCUCAGCGAGAAUCUCACACAAGUAGAACUCGAUGCCAUCAUCCAUCUCUCGGAUCCUCUCACAGGCAUUGCAGGCGCAAACGCCUAAAGGAAUGCUCCUCAAUAUUGUGGCACAAAUGCAAAUGCUCCUCAAACUGAAUCUCUAGCCUUAAGUUUCGUUUAAAAGUGAUUCAUUGUGUUAUGGAUGUUCCUUUCAGUCACUUAAUUAGCCUCUAAUUUUCGACUCUAUUGUUGAUUUCGGUUGUAAGCUUUACUCAUUUGCACAAUUGUUAUAUAGGUUCAUCUUUUUUUACUACAAAAUGCUUUAAAACAGACUCAAAAGUAGUAUAAGGAGUGCCCUCCGCCCCCCCAGUGAGUGCCAAAUAAUUGGCAAUUAAUCUCCUCCUUAGUGAAGGAAUCUCACCAAAUGUUAUAGAACUCAGGCUCUCUCUCUAUUUUA